UAAAUGUAAAUUAAUUAAUCGAAUGAUUAACCGACAUCUCUAUUUGCUAUAAAUGGAAUCGUGACAAGACGUCAAUACCGUACAUCUGUCAUCGCGGAUUAAUAUAAACACCAAACCACCAAACUACAGUUGGAUCAGUUUCAUAAGCAACAUGAACGUUAUCCUAAGCAAACUGCAGUCUUACACCCAGAAGAAAUUCUUCCGAUUCGGAGUUCCUUUCCUGGUGCUAAUCGUCGCAGGUUCCUUUGGACUCAAACAGUUCGCUCAGCUUAGGUAUACAUACUCCAAAAAGGGUACACUCACUCAAGAGGAAGCGGAGAAACAUGGAUUGGUGAUGAAAAAACCAGAAGAAGUAACGUUGGAGACGGAGUUCGAGAAGAUCAAGGCACUCGAUAUCGACAAUUGGGAGAGCGUGCGUGGUCCACGUCCCUGGGAGGAUGAGACGAUGCAACAGCGGGCUAGCCAUUAGAUUUUCCGGGAUGUUUAUUGUCGAUAGUAUCCAUUAAUAGUGUGAACAAUGCGGUAUUCUGUAAGAACGUCGGAGAUUUUUUGUCACUGCGGUUAAGUAUGAUUCUAGCCUUUCUUAUGAACAUUGAAAGCUUUCUACAUUUUCAUCAUGUAAUGUAUUAUGUAAAAAUAUUUUGUUGUAAUACGCGGAGGCAACGCCUGCGUUACCAAAUUUCGAAAUGGAUUAUAUCUUUCCUCUGUGCCGAGGUUGUGAUUAA